UUUACAGUGACGACUGCUUGGAUGUCAGACAUGAAAUCAGAGAGCAAGGAUUUGGACUUGCUCUCCCAUUAUCAUUCACAGUGUACCGCGGUUGUUAUUAGAACAAGCGUAUAAGAAGAUUGGUUAAAGUCGAGAAACUGGACACAUUGAAUGGGUGAACGGUUUCGCGUGAGUAGCCUUAUACUCUCCGUGUUUUUAUAUUAAACAGAAAAGAAUGUAAAACAAUGGUGGUGAGCCAGCCCAGCAUCCGCCACUGGACCACCAAGCACGUGGCAAAGUGGCUGAAGGAAGAAGGAUUCAGUGACUAUGUGGACCUUCUGUGCAACAGGCACCGGCUGGACGGGACGUCCAUCCUGACUUUGACAGAGUAUGACCUUCGUUCCCCUCCCUUGGAGUUGAAAGUACUGGGAGACAUCAAGAGGCUUAUGGUAUCCAUUCGCAAACUUCAGAAACAGAACAGCGAUGUUUUAGAAGAGCUGGGCUACACUUGCGAAGGGUGGCUGUCUGGCUCAGGGGGACACAGCCCGAACUCUAUACAGGGCUGUGUAGGUAGCGACUGGCUGUAUAACGGGGACCCAGCCAGAGACCCGGAUGAAUCAGUUGCCAGCCUAAGCACCGACCAGUAUUCUAAUGGGAAAUAUAAACAGCAUACGCGGAGACUGGACCCAGAGUAUUGGAAGACCAUUUUAAGUUCUGUUUAUGUUGUCUUUGUGUUUGGGUUUACAUCCUUUGUCAUGGUUAUAGUCCAUGAGCGGGUGCCUGACAUGCAAACCUACCCCCCUUUGCCAGACAUAUUCUUAGACAGUGUUCCAAGGAUACCAUGGGCCUUUGCUAUGGCUGAAGCCUGUGGUGUGAUCCUGUGCAACAUUUGGUUGUUGGUGUUGCUUCUUCACAAGCACAGAUCUAUUCUUCUACGCCGAUUGUGCAGUCUGAUGGGCACAGUCUUCAUGCUGCGUUGCAUUACAAUGUUUGUGACUUCCCUCUCGGUGCCUGGCCAACAUUUGCAGUGUUCUGGAAAGCUAAACAGCGACAUGUGGGCAAAACUGAAGCGUGCGGUGGCCAUUUGGAGCGGUUUUGGAAUGACGUUGACGGGAGUCCAUACCUGUGGAGAUUACAUGUUUAGUGGUCACACAGUAGUCCUGACUAUGCUGAACUUCUUUGUAACAGAGUAUACUCCAAGAAGCUGGAACUUUAUACACACCUUGUCUUGGGUUCUGAAUCUGUUUGGCAUUUUCUUUAUACUAGCAGCCCAUGAACACUACUCAAUAGAUGUCUUCAUUGCUUUUUAUAUCACCACAAGACUGUUUUUGUACUACCACACACUAGCGAACACCAGAGCCUAUCAGCAGAGCCGCCGAGCCAGGAUCUGGUUCCCCAUGUUCUCCUUUUUUGAGUGCAAUGUUAACGGACCAGUGCCCAAUGAAUACUGCUGGCCGUUCUCUAAACCUUCCAUACUGAAAAGGUUAAUCGGCUAGAGCCAACUUCAUUGUGAUGUUCUGCUCCUGAAUAGUAGUCAUGAUAAUGGUGAUAAUCUCUGAAAUACCUACAUUUAAGUUCUUGACAUAGUUUUGCCCAAGAUUAUGCUUUAUUAGACCUAAAACAAAAGAGGUGCUUUAAGAUUGCAUUUGGGGAUCCAGUUCGGUUACACUUAAGGCUGCAUAUGUGGCCCAGUGGAAUAAAACGGCCGAGAAGCCUCUAAUGGCGGUCUCUCUACAACACAAACUAAUAAGUUAUUAUGGUUUUAAUUUUUCUUUUACUGUGUUAAGAGCAGGGUUAGGCUGUAGGGUUAUAGUUUGCUUUUUGUUUACCCUUUUUUAAAUGCGUUUUGGUUCAACAUAAUUUCUGUGAAUCCUAUGGAAAUGUAUAUUCAUGUUUGUUUACAAUUGUAAAGAUUUGAACCAAAUGUAUAGAAAAAGUGAUGCAGCAUUACUGAAAAUACAUUCAAAUAUAUUUACAGUGCCCCACUGUGAAUUUCAAAAUUGUUACUGUGGUGAUGGUAUUGGAAAUCUCCAUAUUUAUACUUGUCCCUAGGUAGCAACAUCAUUUUUUUUUUUUUUAGUUUCAAGGGGCUGUUUACUAUACUCAGAAAGCAAAUCUGUUUAUUGUCAUCAGCUUGACCUGUUUGUUUAAGCAUAGUCAAACUCUAAUAGUGUUUGGAUUGGACCAAAACAUAACCUAUCUUAGCAGAAUGUUUAGCCAAUACACUAGCAGUAUUAUAGAGAGAAAGCACAUUGUUUUACUAACUUUAUGCAAAUUUUAACUUGUUGUUACAGUCAGCGCUGCCUAAUCGGGAUACUGAUUAUUGGGACUGCUGCUUAAAUGGGAUACAACUCUGGGAGACGCUUUUUCCCAAUGCUGUUUAUGUCGUUUAAUUGGGAUACAUUAUGAGGAACUGAGAUCGUUUUUCAGAGCAACUUGCGUGAAUUGCAUAAAACAUGUUGAACUCUUGAAGAAGGAGGAGUCUCCUAUGGUUUCUCAGGCUGCUGUUGCAAAGAAAACUAGCGUGUCAA